CCGGUUAGUCCUCUCUUCUUCGUAGUACGCACUCAUUAGAUCUCGUCCCAGAGUUUGGAGAGCGUGACAUGAGACAAUAACAUCCCGCGUAACAAACCUGACAAAGAUUAAAGUAAUGACAGAGACAGAAAAACUCGGCUCCGGUUAUCUAGCGAGGAAACGGCAACGGAAACGCGUUUUAAUGUAGCGCAUGUCGACGGGUGGACGUUUAUCGCGGUUUAUUUAGUUUAUUACGCGCGCGUGCUGGAGGGAGAGAGCGGUUGAAUGCAGCCGCUCGUCGAGAACUGUCUACAGCUGCAGCAUAAUUCAUUUCUGAUGGAGAUUUGAAUAAAAGUACUACACAACAAAAAAAGGGAAGCGAUAAAAAAAGAAGAGAUACUUCAACAUUCAACAUCCAUAAUGACUUCGGCUAAAUAAGACAGCGGGGAUACAGAAAUGUUAAAGUACGUAAUAUUAUGCCAGAUGAUGCAUUUUGCUGACAGAUAAACAGGGAUAUCUUGGUGCAGGGUGAAUGUUGAGGAACAGGGUGAUGGGAGUCCAGGACUCUCUAUCGCCGGGCUUCAGGCAUGUCACGAAGCAGCUGGCUCAGCUUCUGCUGCUGGUCCUGCUGCUCUGGAUGCUGUUCUUCCUCGCUGUCUUUACCUACUUCACUGACUCCCAGAUGAACCAGCCCUAUAGAAUUGCCAGGUUCAACUCCGAAUCUCAACACUCAAACUACGUUCAGCGUAGUUCCCGGGCUAUCAUGGCAUCCCAUAAUUCCCGCUGGCGUCUGUAUGCAGACAGAAAGGGUCCUGUCCAGCACCGGCAAGUGUUUCAACCUCCUCGCUCUAGAGAAGAGUAUUUCAGGAAUUUCGGUAAACGUCGUCCAAGAGCUAUGAGGUACUUAAGGAAGCUACCUAAAAGCGACUACAGCGAUGAAUAUUUUUCCAACGACUGGUCGGUGGUUCGUGGUCUGUGGAAGGGUCAGGUGUCCUCUAAAAUGCUAAGCUAUCGACUACAGCGAGCCUUGAGGGACCACGUUCACUCUAAUAAGCACAAUGUUCUCUACAAAGGCCAACGAAAGGCAAACAAGAGUAAAGAGGAGAUGCUGUGUCAGAUGAAACGGCAAGCCCAACUCAGGACUCUGGAUGGAUCUGAACAGCCCUUUGCUCAUCUAGGUUUUGAUCAGCUGGCUUCUUCUAAAUUGGAGCAGAUGUACACAACAUGUGCCGUGGUGACUUCAGCAGGGGCAAUACUGAAUUCAUCAUUGGGACGUGAAAUUGAUUCCCAUGAUGCAGUGCUGCGUUUCAAUGCUGCACCGUGCAAGGGCUAUGAAAAGGACGUGGGCAGCAAGACAACCAUUCGAAUCAUGAACUCUCAGAUUCUAGCAAACCCCAAACACAACUUCAGCAGCAGUUUGCUUUAUAAGAACAUCACCUUGGUAGCCUGGGAUCCUGCUCCUUAUAACAUUGAUCUCCGCAAGUGGUACACGCAACCCGAUUAUGACCUGUUUACGCCAUACAUAAUGCACCGGAAGAAUUUCCCCGAACAGCCUUUUUAUAUCUUACAUCCUUCAUUCAUCUGGAAACUCUGGGAUAUUGUUCAAAGCAACACGAGAGAGAACAUUCAACCCAACCCUCCUUCCUCAGGAUUUAUCGGUAUAGUCAUGAUGAUGAACUUUUGUGAGGAGGUUCAUGUGUACGAGUACAUCCCUUCCACGAGACAGAGUCAUCUGUGCCAUUACCACGAGAAGUAUUACGACGCAGCCUGCACAUUUGGGGCAUACCACCCUCUGCUUUACGAGAAACUGCAUAUCAAGCGGAUAAGCACAGCUUCUGAGGAGGACCUCAAGAAAAAGGGAAAGGUCACACUGCCGGGAUUCAGUAAGAUCAACUGUCCACUGUGAUUUACAGACUCAAAUGUACAGUAGCGUAAAAAGAUGGACGGGUCUUCAAGACUGUAUGAACAUCAUCAUUUAAUAGGGGUUUUACCCUAACUGUAACGAGACAUGAGGAAUUGUAGUUAACCGCAUUUCAAAAGUCUGAUCAUCUUAAGAUCCUUAUGCUGAGAGACAUUGAAAAACUUGUCAGAAAUGUUCAGUUGACCUUAAAAUGACCUCAAUUCAGAGAUCGUAGCGGGACAAAAAGAGAGUUUUGAAAUAAACUCUUGAUAUACUUGGAAGAGGUGCUGAAAGUGGAUGGUAAAUAUACGCUUACACCGUUUCCUGAGAGGAAUCAAAUUCUAGUUUGUCUUCUAAAUAUAUCAUAGAAAAAAGAUCGAAUAACAAGUUUUACGUUUCCAAAAUGUUGGGAUUUUUUUAGAAAUCACUGUCAUUUAAAGCUGCUCGCAUUUUGUAUAUAAAAAGGACAAUUACCUUUUAAAAAAAAAAUUCAAUGUGGUAUAGAGUGAGUUGGGAUGGAAAAAGAUGUCUAAAUGUGCUGUUGUGGUUUUCAUUGGUUAGAUGACAAUUCAAAGCUGUUACUGUUCCAUAGCACCAAGAUCAUUACAGUUUAACUAAAGAAAAAAUCUGUAAUUUUAAAGGUGUUUUAUAAAUUAUUUAUUUUGCAAUAUGAAUGUGAACUACUCAGACAGUGUCUAGCUUCCAAAAGCUUAAAACCGAUCUUCAUUUCUAUUAAUCUUUUUAUAUUUUUUUGUGCUUUAGUAAAAAUUUAGUAAAUGUAUUUCAAAAUGUGCAUUAUAUUUUGACGGUGUCUGUACCAAUACCUAACUGCUAUUACUGUUUAAAGAACAUCGUAAAUGGAGUUUAGUGUUAUUUAUCUUUUCUUACAAUCAGUUUUGUACUUGACCUUGUACCUCUUACAGGCUGGUGAUUUGAUCUAGAUGUUGGGUUAAGCGAUGAAAUCAACAGAAACGUAUUUGAGGAAGAACUGUUAACUUUUAGUGCGCCCAUGCCGGUUCGGUGUAUAUGAAAAGACGAUUUAGAGCUCAUUAAAAAGUUGGAAAGGUC